AAAAAGGGGCGGGGUUCCCUCUACGUCACAGCACCUCCCCCAAUCACCGGCGGGCGGCAGAGGCUGAGAGAGCUUCCCGCCAAAGUACAAACCGCGCAAAUUCCUGAGGCGAGAGAGCGGGAGUCCUCCUCCGUCCGUACAGCGACCGGCACCUCCGAGCCAGCCCAAUAUCACAGCGGUAGCCAGGUCACCUCACAUACACUGUUCUCACAGAGCCCGUGCAUCCGGGUCACUAUCACCACACAGACUUUCCCUCACAGCCGCCGUCAUGUGGAUCCAGGUGCGCACCAUGGACGGCCGAGAGACUCACCGCAUUGACUCCCUGUCCAAGCUGACCAAGGUGGAGGAGUUGCGGCAGCGCAUCCAGGACGCGUUCGGGGUGGAGAUGGAGCGGCAGCGGCUCUUCUACCGGGGAAAGCAGAUGGAGGACGGGCACACGCUCUUUGAUUACAGCGUCAGUCUGAAUGACAUCGUCCAGCUGAUGGUGCGGCAGCUCCCAGCGUGUGCCCCGGCGCCGGAGGAGGCGGCGGCGAUGUCCGAAACGGAGCCCGAGGCGCGGCCGCAGGAGGAGCCGGUCCCCUCUGAGCCCACCGACCUCGGCUUGUACCAGAGCAAGCAGCUGGUGGACGCCCGGGACCUGCACAUGGGCGCCUGGUUUGAGGCGGAGGUGGUGACCGUGACCCACGGGGCGACCCCUGGGGACUUCAUCUACCACAUCCAGUACGAGGACUACCCUGAGAACGGGGUGAUCCAGCUGACGGAGCAGGACGUGCGGCCCCGUGCCCGGAGCACCCUGCAGUGGCAGCAGCUGGCAGUGGGGCAGGUGGUUAUGGUGAAUUAUAACCCGGAUGAGCCAGGGGAGAGGGGCUACUGGUACGAUGCGGAGAUCCUGAGGAAAAAAGAAACCAAAACUAGCAGAGAGCUCUAUGCCAAGCUCUCCCUGGGGGCUGCUGGGGACCCUCUGGAUAACUGCAGGAUCGUGUUUGUGGAUGAGAUCUUCCAGAUUGAGGAGCCUGGUGCCCCUGAUUUGCCUGGCAUUCCUGCCACCACUGAGGCCGGCUCCCCACAAAAACCCUCAAGUGGCCCGGCAUGCAAAUACUGCAGGGAUGACCCGAAAACAAAAUGCCGCAGAUGCGCCUGCCAUGUAUGUGGGGGCAAACAGGACCCAGAAAAGCAGCUGCUGUGUGACGAGUGCGACAUGGCUUUCCACAUGUACUGUCUCUACCCCCCUCUUUCUGAACUCCCCCAGGAUGAUGACUGGUACUGCCCAGACUGUAGAAACGAUUCCACUGAAGUGGUGCUAGCGGGCGAGAAGCUGAAGGAGAGCAAGAAGAAGUCCAAAAUGGCAUCUGCCAGCUCUUCAUCCCAAAGAGACUGGGGCAAAGGCAUGGCAUGUAUGGGGCGCUCUCGAGAAUGCACGAUUGUUCCAUCUAAUCACUAUGGCCCAAUACCGGGAGUACCAGUGGGCACCAUGUGGAAAUUCAGGGUCCAAGUGAGCGAGGCUGGAGUGCACAGGCCGCAUGUGGCGGGUAUCCAUGGAAGAAGUAAUGAUGGUUCGUUUUCCCUGGUUCUGGCAGGCGGUUAUGAGGAUGAUGUGGACGAUGGAACAGAGUUUACCUACACUGGGAGCGGUGGCCGUGACCUCUCGGGUAACAAACGUACAGCAGAGCAGUCAUGUGACCAAAAGCUUACCAACAUGAACAGAGCUCUAGCACUGAACUGCAAUGCUCCCAUCAAUGACAAACAGGGGGCUGAAGCUAAAGAAUGGCAGAAAGGUAAACCUGUGCGUGUUGUGCGCAAUGCAAAGGGGAGGAAACACAGCAAAUAUGCACCAGAAGAUGGAAACCGAUAUGAUGGAAUAUACAAGGUGGUGAAGUAUUGGCCUGAACCUGGAAAAUCUGGUUUUCUUGUGUGGCGCUAUCUCCUCAAGAGAGAUGAUGAGGAACCUGCGCCUUGGUCCAAGGAGGGCAAGGAGCGUAUUAAGAAACUAGGCCUCACCAUGCAGUAUCCAGAGGGUUACUUAGAAUCUGCGGCUAAUAAGGAAAGAGAAAAAGAAAACAAUGCUGAUGCAGAUGAGCUAGAACAUCCUAGCAAAGGAAAAAGAAAAAGGUUUGUGGUGGAUGAUGACGAUGAUGAGAUAUCGGAGGGAUCCCCUAAGAAAACCAAAGUGGAAUUAUACAAACUAACUGCAGAGCAAAAAGCUCUGAUCAAAAAGGAUGAGCUGAAUGUCAAGUUGUGGAAUGAAGUCAUGUCGUUCCUUAAGGAAGGGCCCAAAUUUAUAAGCAAAGUGGAAGAGACUUUCCUGUGCAUCUGCUGCCAGGAGGUGGUGUAUGAGCCCAUUACCACUGAGUGUCUGCACAAUAUCUGCAAGAGUUGCCUUGACCGAUCCUUUAAAGCCUCUGUGCACAAUUGCCCUGCAUGCAGAUAUGACCUUGGCAAGAACUACAACAUGUGUGUGAACAAGUCGCUGCAAGCCAUUCUCAUCCAGCUCUUCCCUGGCUAUGAGAGAGGACGGUAAUGAAUGUGAGACACAAUUUCUCUGGUGUAGCUAGCACAAUACCAGAAAAGUUUAACCAACAAUCUAUCCGCCACCAUUGUAACUAUCGCUCAAUCACACUUAUUAAACUUGUCCCAUCUACUUUGUUUCUCAAGCCCUGCCAUCUUUAUCUCUAUUUGGGUGUCAGAAUUUAGCGGUUUCUCGUCCUUCAUAAAUGACUAUAACCAAGCCUGACAACUCAUCUUUGGUGACACGUAUCUAUAUAGCUCUGUUCUUCAAUGCUGUUCUGCAAAUUGUCAAUGUAUGUCUAAUGUCUAUUUCCAAUCCAUGGACACUUCUAAAUCAACCAUUAUCUUUCAGAAUUACACCACAACUUGUGUUCUGUAUGAAUAUGAGCUAUCCUUAAAGUGGGUUCUGUAAAAAGGCACUUACUAGAUCUCAAGCUGCUGCUUUUCACCUUGUCACUGCUGGCAUCACAGUAAAGGCAGGAAGCUUGUGGCUCUGGAGCUGCUGCACCCAGCCGGUCAAAGACAAUGGCUAGCUGGGAUUUUGGUCAGAGCUGGAGAGUUACAGGGUGUCUACACUUAAUCUAGUUUAAGAUCUUGGGUAUGUUUUAUGGCUUAACAAUACACCAUUAAGUGGCUUCAUCCAGUUACCUGUCUAUGGCACAUUUAGGAUAUUUGUAAAUGUCCUAAUUUAAUAAAGAAAAAUGACUACAGUUUUCUACUUAGGAUUUGUCAAUUAGUAUUGCCUAUUCUACUUGUAAUGGCUACUGAAUACAAUUGUUAUUUAAAAGAGAAAUUCCAUGUAUUUGCAUAAAUAUAUAUAAAGUUUUUCUUCUGUUGCACAAAAUGAGCACACCUCUAUAGAUGGAUGGGCUAUUGCGUGGCUGCAGCUCCUUGCACAGCAACUACUAUAAUUCAGCUAUUGGUGUUUUUGUGGGUGAGAGGUGCAGAGGAUGUCCCCCCCCCCCCCCCCUAUAGAAUGUCAGAGGUCACUACACUAUGCAACGGAAGUAAUGUGCUUCUUAUUUCCAUUACAAGUUGAUCCUUAAGCUUCCAUUGUGAAAUUAUUUGUGCCUUCCAGUUUUUUUUGGUAUUCCUUCACUAUUUUCAUGUGAUCUUAACCAAUUCAAGAUUGUUGUGUGUUUCUUGAAAUACUGGAAAAAGUGACAUUCAUAACCUUUAAAUAAAUGUUAUCUUUUUGGUAAUCCAAAA